CAAUAUUUUUGGAUCCGUCCUGACAAUAAGAGUGUCUAAUCUCUUUCAACCCUAUGUCAUACAUGCACGGCAGUAUAGGACCACCCUUUGACGAAGAAUGAUUAGACGAAACCAACACCACGUGUCUGCUAAGGAUUAGGAUUAGGACCCAAAAAACAGUUAAAAGAAAAAAAAAAAAUUAGGGAGGAGAAAAAGAGUAAAAAAAUGAUGAAAGACAAAAGAGUGUGAUAAAGCAAAAAGAGGGUGAGAUUUAUAUUGAGGAAGAAGUAACUUUUUAAGAGCCAAGAGUUCACGAAAAACCAGAACAAAUAUAUAUAUAUAUUGGUUGAAAUUGAAAUAGGGAGAAUUCAUAUUCAUAUUUGUUAAUGGCUGGAAUACUUCCUGGUGUUGAAUAUGCUCGAAGAAGACAUGUCGGCUCAUCCACAAAUGGCUGCAUUAGGAAAUCUUCUUUUUGUUUGUAUGCAACCCAACAUUCAUCAUCUUCCACAUCUUUACUGAAGAAGAAAAAAAGCACAAUGAAACAAGCAUGCCAAGACGAUGAUCAAAAGCUAGGAAUAGAAGCAAGAGAAGCCAAAGAGAGAUUGGAUCAAAAGCUGGGAACUCACUGUAAAAGAGGAGGAUUAAGGUCUUAUGGGGAAGAAAGAUGCAACAUGGUUAAUCAGAGUAGGGAGUUGCAUACAGAAGUUUAUUGUUCAAAGAAAGAUGGAUCGUCAAGCAAAUUCAUGAGCUGGGCUAAAUUGAGCUGGAAGGCUUCGGGGCAGGACGAGUUCUGUGCUGUUUGCCUUGAAAGGUUCAGGGGUGGUGAGACAUUGGUGCACCUUUCCUGUGCACAUCGCUUGCAUUCUGAGUGUCUGCUUCCAUGGCUUGAAAACAAUGAACAAUGCCCUUGUUGCAGACUUGGAAUUAUUACCCUUUUGCACUAAAUUCUUCUUCUUCUACUUCUUUUUGGGCUUUAUAUAUAUAUAUAUAUAUAUAUAUAUAUUUAUAUAUAAUCUUGAUCAAUAUCCUUCUUCCAGAAGAAAAAAAAAAAAGGAAGAUGAUGAAGAAUUAGUUUCUGCUUGUACAUUGUGGGGUUAAAAAAAAAAAAGGAAAAAAAAAAAGAAAAAAAAAAAAGAUGAUGAAGAAUUAGUUUCUGCAUGUGGGGUUAACCCUUUUUUGUGAUGCUUGUGAUCUAUACACGAUUUGGUUUAGCAUAAAUAAUUAUGUAUCACAGAGCCCCAUUUGGCAUUAAAGGACUGGUUUUGAUAAGUGGAUAUUUCAUUUAUUCUUUUUCUA